CCUCUCGUGUUUUCCGUGUUUUCGUCAAUAUAUUGAACCAUCGUAAAAUUUUAUGUGCUCGCCACUGCGUGUCACAAACAACAAACUUAAGAAAUAUCAAUUAUUUCAUAAACCUAAGCAAGUUCCAUGUUUGUUUAUAAGAUAGAGUGGAUGAGGUAGGUCGUAAAAACCGUAAAAUGAUUCAUACCCCGUUGGUUUUCUCCUUAUAUGGUAUGAUUUUGAAAGUUUCUGGAACAACCUUAAUAAGUAUACUGCAGAUGUCUUCAAACUGCAAUCGAAGCAAUACACUUGGUUGACUGUGCAUAUUUUCUGUCUGACACAACAAAAUGUAUUUAUAUGAACCACCCAGCAAGUUAACCCUUACCUCAGUGGAAGAAUUCCAAGAGGCCUUCCAGCUGUUCGACAACAGAGGUGAUGGUAAAAUUCAUGUAGCACAAAUUGGUGAUGCUUUGAGAGCCUUAGGACAGAACCCCACAGAAUCAGAUGUGAAAAAAUACACCCAUCAGCACAAACCAGAUGAAAGAGUUUCUUUUGAGGUGUUCCUUCCAAUUUACCAACAAAUUUCCAAAUCGCGAAGUGCAGACACUGCCGAAGAUUUCAUCGAAGGUCUGCGCCACUUUGACAAGGAUGGAAAUGGUUACAUCAGUUCCGCCGAACUUCGCCAUCUGCUCACAACUUUGGGCGAAAAGUUGACCGACGACGAGGUUGAACAACUCCUGCAAGGCCAGGAAGACGCUCAGGGCAACGUAAACUACGAAGAGUUCGUCAAAUUGAUUAUGUCAGGUUAAUUCUUUAUUUCAUACGAUUUUCUACGAGCAUUUACAUUUUAUUUAUUUAAGAUUAUAUCACUUUUUUUAUUUCUUUUUUAAUAUGAAAUAUGUGCCUCAUUCCAUUUUUUGUAAAACGGCCAUUUGUUUAAUAUAGUUAUAUUUUUAUGAUUCUAAAUUGUUAGGGUGGUCCCUAUUCACUAAUAGGGCUGUAUUCAAUCAAGCUUAUUAUAAAACGGCCAAUUUUUACAUGACUUUUUAUUAUAUGUAUAAAUAAAAUAUUAAAUUAUUGAUAAUGAUCCCUUUGAUAAAUUAAUAUUUAGAAUUGUGUAUAUUAUAUCAAUCAGAACUAUUGUAAAGCGUUUUAAGGAGAUAAAUAAAAAACUAAAUACA